UCAUCAUCUGUUCCAAGUGACAAACUAACACAACAUCAUUCAAAAGACAAACACUCAUCAUGGAAUAGUUGAAGUCUGUCCAGGUUCAUAGCAGCAAUGAAAAAGAAUGCAUCACCUCAGUCUUCAGAGCAUUGCAUGUCUGUUACCACUCCUCUUCUUGAUCUGGAAAAGGAAGCUGAGAUUUCAUGUAGUGGAGUAACUCAAAAUAGGGACAUAGAGGAUGAAGAGAAAGAUGACUAUAGCAUUAAUGAUAGUCCCAUUGAGCAAGUGAGGCUAACAGUUCCAAUCACUGAUGACCCUUCUCAGCCAGCACUCACUUUCCGGACAUGGAUUCUAGGACUAGCAUCAUGUGCGCUCCUUGCAUUUGUGAACCAAUUCUUAGGCUACAAAACCAACCCUUUGAAAAUCACUUCUGUCUCAGCUCAGAUUAUUACACUCCCACUUGGGAAGCUUAUGGCUGCAACACUUCCCACAAAACCAAUUCAAGUCCCUUUCACAGAUUUGUCUUUUUCGCUGAAUCCGGGGCCAUUCUCUUUAAAGGAACAUGUGUUGAUAACCAUCUUUGCUAGCUCAGGAUCUAGUGGUGUUUAUGCAAUUAACAUACUCACAAUUGUUAAGGCUUUCUAUCAUAGGAAUAUCCAUCCUGUAGCGGCUUAUUUGUUAGCGCUAUCGACUCAGAUGCUAGGGUAUGGAUGGGCUGGUAUUUUCAGAAGGUUCCUUGUUGAUUCACCUUACAUGUGGUGGCCUGAAAACCUUGUGCAAGUGUCUCUAUUUAGGGCAUUUCAUGAAAAAGAAGAAAGGCCUAAAGGUACUUCUGGGCUGCAAUUCUUUUUCGUAGUCUUUGUAGCUAGCUUUGCGUAUUACAUUGUUCCGGGAUACUUUUUUCAAGCAAUAUCAACUGUCUCUUUUGUUUGUUUGAUUUGGAAAGAUUCAGUCACUGCCCAACAGAUUGGUUCGGGCAUGAAAGGCCUCGGUAUCGGUUCGUUUGGUCUUGACUGGAACACCGUUGCUGGCUUCUUAGGUAGUCCUUUGGCUGUGCCUGGCUUUGCUAUCAUCAACAUAAUGGCAGGAUUUUUAGUGUAUAUGUAUGUUUUGAUUCCAAUUGCUUAUUGGAAUAAUUUAUAUGAUGCAAAAAAGUUUCCUCUCAUUAGUUCUCACACAUUUGACUCUACCGGUGCAACAUACAAUGUUACUCGGAUUCUCAAUGCCAAAACUUUCGACAUUGAUAUGGAAAGUUACAACAAUUAUAGCAAGAUCUAUCUGAGCGUUACGUUUGCCUUUCAGUAUGGCUUGAGCUUUGCAGCUCUUACAUCUACUAUUUCACACGUGAUCCUCUUCCACGGAAAAAUGAUGCUUCAGAUGUGGAAGAGGACCACGAGUGAAUUAAAACAUCUCGGAGAUGUCCAUACAAGAAUCAUGAAGAGGAACUAUGAACAAGUCCCUGAAUGGUGGUUUGUCACCAUUCUGAUUCUAAUGGUCAUGAUGGCCUUAGUAUCCUGUGAAGGCUUCGGCAAGCAGCUCCAACUUCCAUGGUGGGGAAUCUUGCUUUCUUUGGCAAUUGCAUUAGUUUUCACUUUACCAAUUGGUGUCAUUGAAGCAACAACAAACACAAGAACAGGUCUCAAUGUGUUCACAGAGUUGGUUAUCGGUUACAUCUAUCCAGGAAAGCCACUAGCUAAUAUAGCUUUCAAAACAUACGGUCAUGUCAGCAUGGUGCAAGCACUUGGUUUUCUUGGUGACUUCAAACUAGGCCACUAUAUGAAAAUUCCACCAAAAUCAAUGUUCAUUGUGCAGCUUGUAGGCACAGUAGUUUCUUCAUCUAUUCACUUUGGAACAGCAUGGUGGCUUCUCACUUCUAUUGAGAAUAUAUGCGAUGAAUCAUUGUUGCCAAAAGGUAGUCCUUGGACAUGUCCCGGUGAUGAUGCGUUUUACAAUGCUUCCAUUAUAUGGGGAGUUGUAGGGCCAAAGAGAAUGUUUACUAAAGACGGCGUUUAUCCUGAGAUGAAUUGGUUUUUCCUUAUUGGUUUUAUUGCACCUUUUCCAGUGUGGCUUCUAUCUAUCAGACUUCCUAACCACAAGUGGAUUAAACUUAUCAACAUUCCUAUUAUCAUUUUAGGUGCAUCUACCAUUCCACCUAGGAGAUCUGUGAAUUAUAUUAGUUGGGGGAUUGUUGGAAUAUUUUUCAAUUUCUAUGUUUAUAGAAAGUUCAAAGGUUGGUGGGCUAGAUAUACUUAUAUUCUGUCAGCUGGUUUAGAUGCUGGAGUUGCUUUCAUGGGUUUAGUACUUUACUUUGCUCUUCAAUCAUAUGGUAUUUUUGGUCCAACAUGGUGGGGUCUUGAAGCAGAUCACUGCCCUUUGGCAGGAUGCCCUACAGCUCAAGGUGUAUAUGCAGAGGGUUGUUCUGUUCCCUGACUUUCAUGUUACUAUUCCAUCAUCAAUACCACCUUUUCUUGUGUUUAUGAUAUUGAACAUGUAAAUAUACUAAACCAAGAACAUGUUUUACUUUGA